AGAAGCUUCAAGAUCAGAAAAGAUGGAAGUUAGAGAGAAGAAAGAUGAGAAAAUGGAGAUGACAAGAAGACAAUCAUCAGCUUUAGAUCAUCAUCGUCUUCCUCCGUACACUUACCCUCAAACCGCCGACAAAGAGAAACCCACCACCAAAAGAAACGGGUCGGAACCGGAUCCGGAUCCGGAUCUUGAUACCAACCCAAUUUCUAUAGCUCCUGCUCCAAGAUCAUACGUUACGCCUCAAACUACUUCUCCGGGGAAGGCAAGGUAUAGAGAAUGCCAAAAGAACCACGCGGCGAGCUCUGGUGGACACGUGGUAGACGGUUGCGGCGAGUUUAUGUCUUCCGGUGAAGAAGGCACGGCGGAGUCUCUUCGUUGUGCAGCUUGUGAUUGUCAUCGGAGUUUCCAUAGGAAAGAGAUCGACGGUUUGUUUGUUGUCAAUUUCAAUAGCUUUGGCCAUUCUCAGAGGCCGCUCGUUAGCCGCCACGUUUCUCCGAUAAUGAUGAGUUUUGGUGGUGGUGGUGGUGCGGCGGAGUCAUCAACGGAGGAUCUAAACAAGUUUCAUCAAUCUUUUAGUGGUAAUGGAGUGAAUCAGUUUCAUCAGUAUCAACCCAAGAAACGGUUUAGGACAAAGUUUAAUGAAGAACAGAAAGAGAAGAUGAUGGAGUUCGCUGAGAAGAUUGGUUGGAGAAUGACUAAACAAGAAGACGAUGAAGUGAAUCGGUUUUGUCGUGAGAUUAAUGUGAAAAGACAAGUGUUUAAAGUUUGGAUGCACAACAAUAAACAAGCAUCAAAGAAGAAGGAUUUGUAAGAGAUUUUCUAUAUAUACUAAUUUUACUUCUCUUUGUUCAACAUUCCUCAACUUAAU